GCAAAGAAAAGGAGAAGAGUGCCCUCUAACCUACCUAUGCCUUCCUUCAAAUCCUGAUAUCUUCAGCCACUUGUUGCUGCCACUCUGCCACAAGCUCCACCCUAUCAAGCACCAAUAUAUGAGCCACUAUAGACUGUUCCCUCGUAGCAAUCCCACUCUUGAGCUCUGAAUCAUCGAGAGGAAUACCUAAGUAAAGUUGUGUGCUGUGGGAAUUACUUAGAAGGGCCAGCUGUGUGAUUGCAGAGCUUGGCUUCAGCUUCAGUUUCUGCAUUACUUCAAUGGGGAGACAUUCCUGCUGCUACAAGCAGAAGCUCAGGAAGGGGCUCUGGUCACCUGAGGAGGAUGAGAAGCUCAUGAACCACAUAACCAAGCAUGGCCAUGGCUGCUGGAGCACCGUUCCAAAACUUGCAGGGCUUCAAAGAUGUGGCAAAAGCUGCAGGCUGAGAUGGAUAAACUACUUGAGGCCUGACCUUAAGAGAGGUGCAUUCUCUCAGGAGGAGGAAGACCUCAUCGUUGAGCUCCAUGCUGUUCUCGGAAACAGGUGGUCUCAAAUUGCAACACGACUGCCUGGAAGAACUGACAAUGAGAUCAAGAAUCUCUGGAACUCUUGUAUCAAAAAGAAGCUGCGGCAGAAAGGCAUUGACCCAAACACCCAUAAGCCCCUUGCCGAGGUUGAUCGAAGCAAAGCAACUCCCACCAUCAGCACUGACAGGACCUCUGAAUCCAGCGAUGUUGACCUAUCAAGUGGCGUUACUCUUCAUAACUUGAGCCAUCUUCUGAGCGAGACUGCACAAUCGUCAGAGCUUCUGCCAGUGAAGGUAACUAAGCCUCGCACUGCUCCUGGCUUGACACGUCUGAAGGUGCCACCGAAGGAAUUAUUUCUAGACCAGCUUACUUCUGGUCAUGAGAACCUCCCUAGCUGCCGUUCAUCAGGCCCAAUUCCAAAUUUCCCGUUCCAGCAGCUGUUGUGUUACAAUAAUGAUUUUAGCAGCAUGAACGGUGGCAGUAGGGAUUCACUCUGGUAUAACCAGAAUGAGUCCAGUAGCAGCACAAUUUCCACUGUGAUGCCUCCAGUUUCACCAUCAACUCUCUCAACGUCAACAGGCCUCAAUCCAUCACCAGACAAUGCACACUCUGGAGGCACUGGUAUCCACAAUGCCCAAUUCUACUGGGACAAUAACAAUCCUAGCAGUAGUAGCAGUACGGGGAGCAGUGGUAAUAAUGGGUUGGGAUUUGAGCUGCAAAGCACAAGCUCCCUUUUGGAGACCAACAUAUUCCCAUGGUCAGAUUUAGCACAAGAAAAGGAUAGCCAAGCACAACUAGAGGAAGAACUCAAGUGGCCAGACCUGCUCCAUGGAACAUUCUCGGAGAUGCCAGCGCCCAUGCAGAACCUUAGCCAGUCACUGUAUGAAGACGUGGUCAAAGCAGAGAGCCAAUUCAACAUGGAGGGGUUCUGUGCAGCUUGGUCUCAAAACCUGCAGCCACAGCAACAUCUCCCAGUUGUAUCAGAUAUGUAUGACAAAGAUUUGCAAAGGAUGUCCUUGUCUUUCGAGAAUAUCUAGGAACAUGUUCCAGCAUGCAGGGAACAGACCACCAGAUGAAAAUUGAAAGUUGAAAGUUUAGGAAGCACAAUGUUUCAUCAGAGAUACGUUUACAGCCUAAUCAGAGGUGUUUGUGGAUAAAUUAUUGCGAGUGUUCAUAUAGAUGCAUUCUUUUGGUGACACAAAUGAACAUCAAGAGCAAUUCAUCAGUUGAAAGGAACUGCACUGCAGUGCAGUGGGAAAAACAGACAAGUUGGUUUAAAUUGCAGAUAAAUGUAUAGAAAUAUUCCAGAAUUUACCUUGUUUCCCUUGAAAAA